UUUGCUGCAGGCAGGUGUAAUCGAGCAAACCAUAAACACCCGCGCAACUACUCUUUAUCCAAAUCUCCAAAUUAGUAGAAGCUGCUCCGUCUGUUGGAGUUAACUAAAUCGGUACACUUCAUCAUUUAACAAAUGAUCAAAUUGAAAAUCUGAGGUGAGCAUCAACAGUAAUACGCAAUGGUGUCUGCUGACGCGGGUGGACUCACCAGUUUGAAUUUGACCACAUUUUGAAGGAUUCUCAUCAGGCCUAACUGAGAAAGACGUCGUUAGCCAUAGAGGCCAGGUCAAAAUAGAGAGAUAAAGACGAGGAUCUGUGAACUGGAUGGAACCAGAGACCACAAAUGUGGCAGUGCCUCAACAUGAGCACAGGACCAAGGACCCGAGCGCCCUUUAUCCAAGGACACCAGAGCACAGCAAAACAAGAUGCACCUCACUCUGCACUCUUCUACCUUUUCCAAGAGGUUUCCAAGCUAGCAUCCCCCAUCCAUGACAGUUUUCUGGACACAGAUUCACCCACAACACAGCUUAAUGAGACAUCUAGGCAGGAUCAGUUUAUUGUCAAAAAGGAGAAAGGCGAUGCACGUUCAUUUCAAACCUGUAAUGGUUCCUGCCAGCACAGUUGGUCUUCUUGUAUGUCGGCUUAUAAUCAGGUGGAAAAGAUGAUGGAGGAAAGCCACAACAGCAAGGUUCCAACUUUGGUUGAGUCACAUCGUGAGGGCAGCAGCCCCUGGAAAGUACUGAGUCUGAUUAACUUGCAGUGUGAGAGGCUCCUGCAUCAAAGAAACGCGAAAGACGCAGACCCAAAUUUAGUAUCAUCCAUCACAAAAUUAAGCCACUCAACAGCCAAAUCCUUGAGUGCAGCAGCAGAUGUUAUAGAGCAGGGAUUUGGAAGUGACAGUGUAAGUGGCGAUUGUGCUUUAAAGCCAUCUCUUCUUAUUUAUGACAGAGAAGAAAUCACAGCUUCUGGCAGUGCUGUGGAUGAUGUGAGAGGGAAGUCCACUGGAGGAGCCGGUAAACUACAGAGCUGUGUCAAAGACUCCAAGGUGGGCUUCAGUAUUCAGCCACAGUCUUCUUCAAAAACAGAAACUGUUGUACUAGAGUUGGUGGGGGAAAAGGCAGCAACAUCUUCAGAACCUCAUUACAAAGACAGAAGAGAGGUCAAGAUCGGUGAUAACGGACAGUCGGUGUGGAAUCAGGACUGGAAGAUGAGUUGUUUGUCUACUGAGCAGGAUAUGCCGAAUGUUCCCUUCGCGGAAAACGCUUUGCCACACAUGCAUAUCUCCAGUGUACUCCAAAAUACCCAGCUGACUUUAAAUUCAAAUGAAGAGGCUCUCUUGGGGCCUGCACUAACACUAGACUGCAAUGCAAAUAUUGUUUUGACUAGAGACACUUCAUCUGAAACCCAGCUUCCUCAGAGCUCCAUCCUGCCAUCUUUACAGUCAACACCACUCUGCUUGAGCUCUGCAGACAAGGGUCACCCAGCCCCACAACCAGAUAACAAAAUCACAGGAGCUAAGCCAGAACACACACACGCCCCCACAGAGGGACUACCACCUCUGCUUGCACAACUGCAAUCCUAUAACGUGCCUUCUGCAACAUCAAAACCAGACCUCAGGCCAGAGCAAAAUGAGGGAAUUUCUUCUACGUCGACUCAGCAGUGGAAAGCCAAGACUCCAAGAAAACAACCUCAUCCCAGCCGGAGUGCCGAUGUCCAAGACCCAGACUUCCAGGGAGUGAUGUUUAGGAUGGACAGGGAGCUGGACGACAGUAGGGAACAGUGUCGGCUUCUCAUAACUUCAAAGUACAGCAAGAAGCUGUGCAAGAAGGUGAGAAAACCAAAGCUGAGGACACGUACAUCCCAGAAAUCACUAAAAACCAGCAGCUCAGACGAGGAGAGUGAACUGAUGACUGCUGGUUUAAAGGGUAAAGUCUGUGCAUCGUGCUGCACCAGGAAGACCCCCAUGUGGAGGGAUGCAGAGGAUGGGACCCCACUCUGCAACGCUUGUGGGAUAAGGUACAAGAAGUACAGAGUGCGUUGUGUCAACUGCUGGCAUAUUCCUAAGAAAGAGGGCACAUCCAACUCGCGAUGCCUCAAGUGCGGAAACUUUGUGAGGCUGGCCUCAGUUCAGCGGAAACACUCCAGCUAGGGAACCGACACAGACCAAAGGUUUUUAUGUUUACAUGUGACACACUUUCAAAAAAUAUUGCAUAAAAUAAACUCUGCCGCUGUAGUAGACGAAUAUAAUGGAGCAGCUUUAGCGUUUUACAUGUUACUCGGGGUAUUUAAAUUCACUCCUACAACGUUGUACCUCAGGCAACAGCACUUUUUCCCUUCAGCUCCAUGGCUGUUCCUGUGGUGCUGUAUACAUCAAGGGAAACCAUAAACUAGUAAAAAGGAAACAAGUUAAAAAAAAAAAAAAUUAAAUGCUUAAAACUCUCUGAAAUUCUGUGCUUGACAUUUCAAAAAUAGAGGACAUCUGAAAGUGAUCUGUGCUUAAGUCUUUACUACACUGGUGCUACUUGUGUAACCUAACAUAUGUGAGAGAACUUAUACAGCUGUUUGUUUUUUUUCUGUAUCUAAAUGGAGGGACAUACAGAUGCAGCACAGACUGUGCAGUGGUAUUAUUUGGGACAAAUAAAUGAGACACUACAGUGUUACUAUAAGAACCAAAUGCAUUCAGUGGAAAGUUUAGUCAAGAUUGUUGACCUUUUACAAUUAAAUGGCUUCAGUGAUGCUUAUGUAUUAUGGUUGACGGUGCCUGACGGCUGCAGUACAAACUUAUUUCUGUAAGGGACCAAAAACUGCAACCUGAGCUCAGGGUUAUGUUCACUGUUACUGACUGCAAAGCAAUUUACUUUUCUUGACCUUGGCUGGCAGCGAGACUAAGUUUAGUAGAGACACAUUUGGUUGCACAUGUUAAAGUUAUUUAUUUGUGUCAUAGUUUCUAAUUGUGAAUAUUUUUGUGUUCACCUGGGUUGUUGCUGGUAAAACUGGUGCACUGAGGUCCUCAGCAUGUUGUGUUGCUUUCUGUUUUUGUGAGGGGGGGGAAAAUUUGAUUUUUGUGGGAGCUUGCAUUAAAUUCAGUAUGAAACAUCCAA